GAGAGAGUUCUGGCUUUGAGGAGCUUAGCAAGUUCAAAUCUUCCGAAUAAAAACUAAAGUGUUCAAAUACAUUUUUCUUUAAAUUCUGUUUUGUAAAUUUCUUGUUUUGGACCUCCCUAAUAUAUUUCCGUAUUUUUUAUUGAGUCAUAAAAUGGCAUUUAAAACAAAAGAAACGCAAACUAAACACAAAUUCGAAAAUAUACUUCAGUUUAAGAUUGUGACUCAAACUGACCGGACUGUAUGAACAGUAAAUUUUAUCUUUAGAGCUUUGAAAACUCCAAAGCUAGUUAAUUUCGGCUGUAUAAACUUAUAAAAAUUACUAAUAAGCAACAUUUUCGUAAUUUUUUUUUAAAAAGAGGUACUCAGCUCUCAUCGUUUGAAAAAAGUACUUCGCUUUGACAUUCUGGAUCGCAUUAUUUGAUUUCGCAAUGAACACCGACAAGCAAGAAAAUGGGAUUCAAAUUGUAAGACAUCCUGGGAUUAAGGAUUUUGAACCAGUUUUUGAGGAUAUCCCCUCUGCGGGUCCGAAUUGGAUGGUAAUCCAGCGUCGCAUCGACGGAUGGGACGCCCUAAACACUCUAAACGCUCAUUGGUACAAAGAAGGAUUUGGAGACCAUGAAAGUGAGUUCUGGCUUGGUUGCCAAAAGCUGCACGAGGUGACUACGAGUCGCAGACACGAAUUAUACGUUCAAAUUGUCAUUUCCGAUGGUGGUACUGCGUAUGCAAGAUAUGACGACUUUGUGGUUGGCAGCGAAGACGAAGGAUACGCCUUGAGGUCCCUCGGGGCGUACUCCGGAGAUGCUGGAGACGCCUUGUCUGCAUCUGUGAAUAGGAGAUUCGAGCACAUAGGCAGUCACUAUGCUGGCGUUUUUUACAGAACGUUUUAUUGGUCUUGGUGGGCCACUUUCGAAUUUUUAUUACAUUUCCCCCACGAGAGCGGCGGUAUUUGGUGGCGUAUAUGGAAUGGAAUGGCAAGGCGCAGUCUCAAGUCGUGUAAAGUGCUGAUCCGGCCAUUCCAAAAUUAAUGAAGCUAUUCGGCCAUCUGGGAUUCUUUUUUAUAAAAAAUAAUUUUAUGUUGUUUUUAACAUUUUGAAAGUGUUUACCAUGUCUCAUAUGUGAAAAUAAAU